CCUAGGGUACAUUUCUUUUGUUUGAGACAAGAUCUUGCUGUAUAGCUUAGGUUGGCCUUGAGCUUACAGCGAUUCACACACCACCAUGUCUGGCCCAGGUGUUUGUUUCUAGCACUCAUGGUGCAUAAGGUUGAGGAUGGUGUGGCAUGGCCCCACUGAGAACUGAGGAGUCUCUGCUGGAGACAGCUGCCACCUCAGCAGAGUGUGGCAUCUCUAAGGAAGCCCAUCUCUUGUCACCUACCUAUGUAGCGUUCUCCAUGAGCCAGCAGUGGGCCAGGUCAGCGAUCUCAGCUCCUCUCUAGUCUCAAACCCUGUGUCUGCUUCUGGUACGCAAUAGGCCACCAUUCUCAGGCUAAGAGCUAAGAAUGCUGCUAGCAAAGGGAGACGGUUCCAAGGCUGGGACAGAAAGCACUUGGGGUGCAGGCUGUGCUGCCUGCAGACAGCUCCCAGCUGGCCGCUUGAGGCCUGUGGCCCAUCGGGGGAGCACUUGGCUGUGCAACCGAAGGACAGCUCCGCAGCUGAUGCGUGAUGGCCGAAGGGCUCCUAGAGUGUGCCAGGCUUGGUGUGUCAGGCCUGACUUACAAGUGAGAUGUUUGAGAGCGAAGACAAGAAGGUGGGAUUACUGCCUGGGGUCUUUCCUGUGCAGGGAGGGCAGAGCCAAAGCUGUCUACCACACACAUUUUUUUUCCCCAUUAUCCACAUCCCGCCCAUCUUGGCAGGAGUGGCGGCUAACUGCCAAAGCAGAUUCCCUACUCCUAAGGCGUGGAAGGAGCCCUGGCAAGUGGUGAGGCCACAGCUAGCCCCACCCUGAAGCCUGACACACAGCAGCAGAGCCCGAGCAGCUGAUAGAAAGCUGGGAGUGUGGCGUGUGGCUGGUAGAUCAGGAGCCGGAGCUGCUGGAGCGCGUAAGACUUGGGACGUGGUCAGGCAUGGCUGGGACACUGCGGACUCUGCUUUAUCUGGUGGCUACUGUUCGUCUCCUCCCUGAGGUGACUCUGACCCAGCACCGUGCAGGGCAGCCCACGGACAGCACCAACAUGGGAGGUGGCCUGCAGGAGCCAGAGGCCCCAGAAGUGAUGUUCGAGGUCACUCUCCAGCCUGGGACAUGGGGGUGCAGCAUUCAGAGGUCCCUAAGCUCUGGUUGGGAAGUGGGACGUCUCAGCAUGGGGCUGCUGGGGUGGUGGGAGUCCAGCCUGGGUUCUGUGCCUGGUUCCGCCCCGCUGGUCUCCUCUUGCUCUCUGCUCUGUCCCCUGCCAUUGCCAUCCCUGAAACAGCUCUUCUUGCAGCUGCUCUGGGCUGGGCUGGAGCUGGAUAUCACAGGGCAGCUGAAGAUCCGGGAUGAGGAACUGGCGUCUACAAGGCCAGGCCGCCGCCUCAGGCUCCUCCUGCAGCAGCUCGUGCCCAGGGACUUGGAAGGUGCUGAACAGCGGCUGCAGCAGUUCCAGGACCUGCGGGAGGGGCCUCCCCUUAGCCCUGCAGACCUCCAGCAACUGCUCCUCACAGGCCUGAGCUGCAUCUAUUGGCUCCACGCAGCCAGUGAGGCUGAGGAGAGGGGUCGCUGGGUACAUGUCUUCACCCUCCUGACACAGGAAGUGCUCUGGGACCUGUGCAAGGGCUUCUGUCCCCAAGGCCAGCCCCCUUCACUGGGGCCCUAGGCCUCCACCCUCAACUCUAUCCCUUGAUCCCUCCCUUUCACCUGCUGUUCCCUCCUCCUGGCACUUCUCAACCUGAGCCAGGCCCACCCCGGGCAGGGGCUUUUGACAUCUGGUUUUUGCUUGGCUUGCACCCUCAUACCCCUGCCCUGAUACUUACCCACUCUGCCCUGUUUCCUGGACCCUGAAGGCAGAAAGUCCACGGCCUGGAUCUAGGUGGCAGGCAGCUAAAGGCAGGGCAUGUUAGCAGUGUGUGUGAAUGCACAAGUGUGGGAGCCAGGCAUCAGGACUGAGAAGUGUGUUUAAGUGACGGAAAGGGGAACUGCUCCAAGCAAGCUCAAAUCUGAUGUUCCAACUCCUGGCUGGCAGGCAAUCUGAGAGAGGCCCUGUGGAGUCCUAGCACCCAGUCCUAAUUUCCAUAGUCCCCUCAAGCCUAACCAAGACUCUGCCACCACCACCACCCCCAGCAUGCCGUCCCCCAGCUGUGCUGGAGCACAGAGUGGACUUCUCAAAUGUCAGUCUGUGGAGGGGAGGAAAGCAGGUGGAAGAGGAUUGUCUUUGGGUAGGGAGGAAAACUGACUGGUUCCACAUCAGCAAGCCAUCAAUGAAUGUGUCAGGAAGAAUGAGCUGGAAAGGGGCUGAGCCACCCAGGCAGCUGAGGGAGGUUGGGUGGGUGGAGCCCUGGAUGUAGCUCUUCCCAUAAAAGAUUCUGCUUGGCAUACUGAGGCUUGUGUCAUUCUACUGCCUCUAACCCCCAUUCUGUCAUACUGUCCUCCCCAUCCCAGAGGUUAGCAGGCUGGACAGCCAAGUAUCAACUCUUCAUCCUAUUCCUACACCUUACUCGAGGAACCAUGCUGUUUCCUUCUAGCCUAGCUGGAUAUUGGGAAAUUCUACCUUGUCCUAAACAGGAAUCAGCAGGGCUUUAGAAUAAGGUCGUAAAUCAAGCCGGGAGUGGUGGCUCACGCCUGUAAUCCCAGCACUGGGGAGGUUGAGGCAGGAGGACUGUUGUGAGUUCGAGACCAGCCUGGGCUACAAGGUGAGCUCAAGGCCAGCCAACUGCAUAGCAAGACUCUGUCUCAAAAAGACCAAUAAAUAAAAAUUAAAAAAAAAAAUAAGGUCAUAAGUC